AUGAUUCUGUUUAUAUUUAAGGAGACGUCACGUUAUCACAUCGAUGUUUACAAAACUUCCGAGGAUGAACUUACUCCUUUCGGUGAAAUUUCUGUUUACCUUAAAGUAACAACUCCAGAACUUUAUUCAAACCUCAUACGUCUUAAGUCCUCUACGAAGGCACUUACAGAAAACAAAGAUCCUGCGGUAGUUAUAAAAAGAGUUGUCUCUGAUACAUCGUCUUAUGACAUGUUGUGCAACGGGAUCCUUGUGGAUUAUCAAAAUGGUACCUCUGGCAUUCAAAAUGUAGCAAUUAUAACAUUGACCUUUCUGAAUACAGCUAACAACAGACCCGGAAGUACAAGUUAUCGAAUAAGACUUGCUAUGGACCUAGCAUUUGCAUCUGUAGGAGAUAUGCAUUGGUUAGUAGUAGAAACAGAUCAAAAGGUGUUUCAAGAACGGGUUGUACUUAACAAACCACUGAUUUUUGAGGAUGAAAAUGGCAAUUUUUCUUACAAAAUUGGCAAAGUGCUGGACGGAAAUAAUGAGUCCUGUGUUCGCAUUCCGGUACAGGGAGAUAACCCGCCAUUGCUGUUGAUGAAACUUUAUACAGGAUGGCUUAAGAUUUACCCGGCAGCUUUCAAUAUUACUGUUGUUGGUGAAUUCAUUUCUUGCAGAAGACAUGGAAUGAAACUUAUACAGGUGGCGUAUCCCAAUGGUAUGCGAACGUCCAGUUUAGAAACGGGAUUUAAUGACAAGAUGAACUUCUGUGACAUGCUGUCGGAGAUCUCUAUACUCAACAGGAUUGAAUGUAAUUUUACUUGUCGAUGUCAAAGUAUAACUGAAUGCAAUGAAGUACUGAUAUUUAUGGCUAACGUAGAAAAUCUAGCAACAUGGAAACUAUGUGAAUUAAUUGCUAGUAAUGUCGUGUAAUCGUGUCCCAAAUUAUCCUUAUACUUGUUUAUUUCUUAAUCAAAAGCAAUGUACGUUUUAAUACAACUGAGAAAUUUAAUAAGCCUGUGGAAUAUUAUGAUUAUUUAACAUUUUAUUCAAAUUAAGUAUCAUGUUUAUAUCACAUUGCUCAUACAUGUAUUUAUAAGUAACGUAGCUUUUCAACGGUUCAUUAUAUGUAAAGUAUUAACGUACUUCAUACAGCACUGUAGAUUUUAUUCUGUGUAAUUAAUUAUUAUAUUCAAAAUAAAAAAUUGUUUCUACGGAUUAUUUUCAUUGUUUUAAAUUCCUA